CGCGACAUGUGGAACGCUGGCUUUAGCGGUGGAUACGGUGGUUCUUCGAUGGGUGCUGGAUACACAGAAUCACCAGGAGGAUUUGGAUCUCCUUCGGCAACCCAGGGUGAAAAAAAAUCGAGAUCAAGAUCACAGAACAUUGUUCCGUGUACUGUGUCCCAGUUACUUUCUGCUGAACAGAUAGAGGAAGCUUUUAAGGUCCGAGAAGCGGAGAUUUCACAGGUUGCUAUUGUGGGUAUAAUCAGGCAAGCAGAGAAAGCGCCCACGAACAUCCUGUACAAAGUGGACGAUAUGACUGCAGCCCCAAUGGAUGUCAGACAGUGGGUGGACACGGAUGAACCAGGCAGUGAAAAUGUUGUUGUGCCCCCUGGGACGUAUGUAAAAGUGGUCGGUCACCUACGAUCCUUCCAGAACAAGAAAAGCCUGGUUGCCUUCAAGCUCAUACCCCUGGAGGAUAUGAAUGAGUUCACCACGCACAUGCUUGAAGUCGUCAAUGCACACAUGGUUCUGAGAAAAAGCAGCCUCCUGUCAGCGUCGACGGUGGCGCCUCGUUCGUUUGCCUCUUCAGGGAUGGGCAACAUGGCUAGUUACGGAGGAAGCUUAGCCAUGCCAGUGGGUGGACUUUCGCCACACCAGAGUCAGGUUCUGAACUUGAUCAAAAGCGCCACGUCCACCGAGGGAAUAAGUCUUCAGGAGCUGAAGUCUCAGCUGCAUAAUAUGAAUGUGGCGACCAUCAGGAAAGCCGUUGAGUUUCUCAGCAGCGAAGGACAUAUCUAUUCCACUGUUGAUGAUGAACACUUUAGAUCGACGGACGCGGAAUAAAGGCGCUUGGGAAGGUGACUCUUUGGA